ACUAGACCCAUCCACGUGUCCGUAUAUCAGCUUCUAAUUCCAUUGUUACCAACAAGAAAAGCAAAAAAAAACAUCGAAUUGAGAACCGAAGAAGAAAAUGGCGGCAGCGGCCAUGGCCGUUCAUCUCCCAAAACAUCCUUCGUUUCUUUUGAAACCCAAACUUCCAUUGGAGCAAAACUCCAACUUUAUCGGUGGGUCCUUCAAGUUAGGUCGACCCAUCUCCGUAAACCGGGAAAUUAGAGGUCCGGUUAUGGUUACUGCUUCUUCGAGGAGCACGACCAUCGCUACAGAUGACGUAGACGGAGAUCCAAGCAAACGGUUUUAUAUCAACUUCACUGGAUUUCCGUUUCCUCUUGGCCCGUUCCUUAACCGGCGCACCAUCAGAACCGAGGCGGUGAAAGGUUGCAUAUGGAUGUUUGAGCAAGAACAAGCUUUAGGAUUUAGCAGCGUGUCGACGAAUAUACGAAUGACCGUCAUCAAAUUAAAAUCCGGAGGUUUAUGGGUUCAUGCUCCUAUUGCUCCCACCAAAGAGUGUAUUCAGCUAAUUAAGGAGUUGGGAGCUCCGGUUGAGUAUAUUGUCCUGCCAACGUUUGCUUAUGAGCACAAGAUUUUCGUGGGUCCGUUUUCUAGAAAGUUCCCCAAGGCUCAAGUAUGGGUGGCACCAAGACAAUGGAGCUGGCCGUUGAACCUACCACUCGAGUUUUUCGGUAUCUUUCGCUCUAAAACCAUUAAAGACGGAGACUUAUCUACGCCGUGGGCUGAGGAGAUCGAGCAGAAAGUCCUAAGCUCUCCAGAAGUUGGAAUUGGACCGUAUGUGGAAGUUGCCUUCUACCAUAAGCGGACAAGAACUCUUUUAGUCACUGAUGCUGUGAUCUUCGUCCCAAGGAAACCGCCCUCAAGUAUCAGCAACGAAUCCUUGUUGGCCUCGGCUAAGAACGGACUGGCUGUGAAGAUUCUUAGCAAAGGAAAACAAGUACCCAAUGACCCUGUGGUCGAUAACCCUAACACCCGCCAAAAAGGAUGGGAAAGAAUGGUUCUGCAAAUUCUGUUUCUUGGUCCUUCUAAUCUCUUGGAACCAAACGCAAGCUUCUCACAAAUGUCGCAGAAGCUGAUUGUUUCUCCCAUUGUGAAGACUUUGGUCUUUAGCAAAGUCCCUGAGAAGGUGAGGGAUUGGAUCGAUGAGAUAACCCGUGACUGGAGAUUCAGAAGGAUUAUCCCAGCUCAUUUCGAGGCUCCAAUAAACGCAGGAAGAUCAGAGUUUCUAGCUGCGUUUGGGUUCCUUGAUGAGCUUCUAGGGGAAAGAUAUGGAACCCGUCCUUCGCUCUCUUUUCUCCUCGCUUCACUAAUGGGAAAAGCUGCGAGCUAUUUUCCUCCAGACGAUAUGAGAACUCUCUCUUCUCUUGAUCAGUUCUUAGUUUCUGUCGGGGCUGUGAAAAAGACAGUCUCUGCAAAGAAAAAGUUCAUCUAUGAUCCGCAAGUCACUGAGGAACAGAUUCAAAGGGACUUGACCAUGAACAAAUUCAACUGGGACCAUCCACUUCACCUCCAGCCAAUGAGCCCGACCACGGUGAAACAAGUCUCGGUUGCUUGGGACGCUUACACUGCAACUAAAGACGCUCACGGUAUCUGCCUGUUAACGGAGUGGGGUGAGUUUAAGACGCUUGACCAUGAGCGGAUCCUUGAGAAUAUGCAGAAACCGGCGUUUGUGUUUGAUGGAAGAAAUGUUGUUGAUGCAGAGAAGCUGAGGAAGAUAGGCUUUAUCGUUUACUCUAUUGGUAAGCCAUUGGACCAGUGGCUCAAGGACAUGCCUGCCCUUGCUUAG